CGUUCCACACCACAUUCCAGCAUCCCUGCGCUCACCGUACUCUCCAAAGGUGAGCAGCGUCCACUGCUUGUGCUCCACCACUUUGGACACCACUUUAACCGCCAGCCAGAUGACCAGCAUCCCCACUGUGGCGUCCAGCAGGAAGUUCAUCAGGUCAGGGACGCCUAAAUGGUAGAAGAAUUGCGCAUGCGCGGACGUCAGAUGCCAUAUUGGAGCGGUGGCAGCGGCAGCUGAAAGACGUGCCCGGCGGGGGUCCUCAAGACGGAAGUGUCCUGUCACUGUCAGGCGCGGGAGCAACUUGUCCGUCCAGCAUCCAAGGCUGUUCGUUGCAAGUUUGGAAGAAGACAACAUCAAGUUACCAAGAGCAAACACCUCCUGGGUGUCUCCCAGGAGGCGCAGAUGAGGUCAAAGGUUGCCUGGUGAUCAGCGAGCAGAGCGCCAGGAUGCUGACCAAUGGCAAAGAGGAGGAAGUGAACACAGACCCCGAGUCCAUGGAGGAGGCGGAGUUUAACUGGCAGGAGUACAUGGAGGAGACGGGGGCUACGGCUGCCCCCCACGCCGCCUUCAAACAUGUGGAGGUGAGCCUGCAGAGCAGCUUCCAGGUGGGCAUGAAGUUGGAAGUGGCCAACAAGAGCAGCCCAGACACGUACUGGGUGGCCACCAUCAUCACCACCUGCGGUCAGCUGCUGCUGCUGCGCUUCAGCGGCUACGGCGACGACCGCAAGGCCGACUUCUGGUGCGACGUCAUGACGGCCGAGCUGCACCCGGUGGGCUGGUGCGCUCAAAACGACAAAAGCCUCCUGCCGCCUGAAGAUAAGCUAAGAAAAGCCAUCAAGGAGAAGCACAGCAACUGGACUCAGUUUCUGGUUGAGGAUUUGAGCGGCUCCAGGACGGCUCCGGCCAACCUGCUGGAAGGGCCCCUGCGUGGUAAGAACACCGUGGACUUGAUCGUCCAAGGCUCCCUUCUGGAGCUCCGUGAUGUCGCGGACCCGUUCCUCUGCUGGCCUGCGCGCGUCAUUCACAAUGUGGGCGGCAGGCUGCGUCUUCGUUACGCCGGGCUCUCAGACGACCACCAGGACACGUGGCUCUUUUACCUGGAUGUUAGGCUCCGCCCCUUCGGCUGGGCACGGCAGAACCAGCUCUCCUUGGAACCGCCCACAGAGUUCCAGUUCCUGAAGAGCGCCCCCGACUGGCAGCGGGCUUUAGAGGAAGCCCAGCGAGACGGACAGACGCGUUCCCUGCCCCUCGAGGUGUUCAAGGACCACGUGGAUCUGCCCAAGCACGCCUUCAAACUGGGAAUGAAGCUGGAGAUGGUUCCUCCCUGGGACCACCGCCACAUCUGCCCUGUGUCCGUCACCAAGGUCUACAGCCAGCAGCACUUCCAGGUCACGCUGGAUGACCUCACUGCGGGCGCCAAGCCGCGGUCGGUGUUGUGUCACGCUGACUCGCCGGGCAUCGUGCCCAUCCAGUGGUGCAUGAAGAACGGCGUGAGCUUGGAGAGGCCGCGGGGCUACGAGGGUCAGGACUUCGACUGGGCCGACUACCUCAAGCAGAGCGGGACUGAAGCGGCCCCCGACGCCUGCUUCCUCGAUACCUGGCAGAAGCGGGUCUUCGCCAACGACAUGUGGCUGGAGACGGCGAACCCUGAGAGGCCGGCUGAGAUCUGCGUGGCCCAGAUCACACAAGUCCGAGGACGCCUGCUGUGGCUCCGACUUGAAGGUGUGGCCAAGCAGUUCUCAGAGACCAUCGUGGACGUUCAGUCUAUGGACAUCUUCCCUGUGGGCUGGUGUGAGGCUAAUGCUUACCCUUUGACCCCUCCUCUCAAACCUGUUUGUGGGAAGCAGAGGAAGAUUGCGGUGGUUCAGCCAGAGAAACAAUUGGCACCGUCUCACCGAAUUCAGACUCCUCCUGUCAAUCACUGCCAGUCUAAUCCUAGCGAUGCAGCUAAUGGUCGCUACUGCUGCUCCAAAGUCUUUGUCAACCACCGCUGCUUCUCAGGACCGUACCUCAACAAGGGCCGCAUCACCGAGCUGCCCCAGGCGGUCGGACCCGGGAAAUGCACGCUAGUCCUCAAAGAGCUCCUCACCAUGCUGAUCAACGCCGCCUACAAGCCCGGCCGCGUCCUCAAGGAACUGCAGGAUCUGCAGGAGCCCGGCUUGGACUGCCAGCAGGAGACCUUGAAAGCCAAAUACAAAGGGAAAACGUACCGCGCCAGCAUCACAAUCGUCCGCCUGGCUGAGCUCGUCCCGGACUUCUGCCGCAAAGUCUGCAUGAAGCUGCAGUGCUGCCCAAACCUCAUCAGCCCCGUCCUGGUCCUGGAAAAGUGCCCGGAGAGCUGCUUCGUCCAGACCAAAACCAAAUACACUUGUUACUACAGGAAGAAGAGGAAGCUGUCCAAGCUGCUGGGAGACGAGGACACGGCGGCGGGAGAGGGCGUUAAACCCAAACGGCGCCGGAAGAAGAGGAAGAGCAUCUUCGUGCAGAAGAAGAGGCGCUCGUCGGCGGUGGACUUCACUCCUGCUGACUCGCCUCAGGAAAGCGAUGAGGACGACGAGGCGUCGCGGUCGGGGAGCGAGGCCACCAGCUCGGAACCGCGGGACGACCUGACGGACGCCUCCUCUGUGGAGGCGCCCGGCAGCCGCCCGCGCCCGUCCUCGGCGCUGCGCCAGACCGAGCAGCCAGCUGUGGACGACGAUGUCGCCAGCGGCCGGGAGGCGACGGAGGGACGCCGCAGGUCAGCUCGUCGCCUCCUCAGCAAGUAUCAGCCAAUCAAAGGAGAAGACGUGCAGGAGGAGGAGCAGCUGCUUCUGGACAAAAACCCUCUAGAGUGGAGCGUCCAGGAAGUGGUCCUCUUCAUCAGUUCUACGGACUGUGCCUCGCUCGCUAGCAUCUUUCAGGAGCAGGACAUCGAUGGUCAGGCCAUGUUGCUGCUGACUCUCCCCACGGUGCAGGAGUGCAUGGAGCUGAAGCUGGGCCCCGCCAUCAAGCUGUGCCACCACAUCGAGCGAGUCAAGCUGGCCUUCUACAGACAGUACGCCAACUGAUACGCCCCCCUGGUGGAAACGCCGUCCCUUCUCAGGAAGUUGCCAGAUGUUUUCCCAAGCUGCAACAGAAUGAAGAACAAAAGCAUUUUCUCCGAGUGACUGUCAGCGUGAUGCUACCACUGUCAGCGUGAUGCUACCACUGUCAGCGUGAUGCUACCACUGUCAGCGUGAUGCUACCACUGUCAGCGUGAUGCUACCACUGUCAGCGUGAUGCUACCACUGUCAGCGUGAUGCUACCACUGUCAGCGUGAUGCUACCACGCCCUCAGUAGCAACAAUUGAGUACACCUUUAUGUUUCAGUUUGCCAUGACGUGACAGAGGAGCACUCAUUUAAACACACAAUGGCCUCAUCAUUAAUAUAUUUCAAGUAUUUAUUUACAAGCUCACUUGUUGACAAAUUUGACUUUUAUCUCUUUUUAAUAAUUUAUUUUACAGCGGGCCAGCGUGUGCACGCUCCUCUUGCUCUUCAACACCUGCUGUUUGUGUCUUCAUCAUCUAUGCAAUGUCAAUGUUUUUGAUAAG